GAAAUGCAAUGAAUGAGUAGUAAGUCGGAACACGCAAGACAAUUAAGAAGAAGUUACCCAGCUAAUAAGCGCGCAGCAAAAAUAACUAACCUUACACACCAAGAUUUAUUGUCAUUCCUAUAAUCUCUAUUUACUAAUUUAAUUAUUUAAUAAAUAUUUAUUUAUGUUAUUAUCCUCAUCUAUUGUAAAGUAUUCAAUCUUAAUGGGUUUGCAUUUCUAUCUCACAAACAAAAUCUCAAAGGAAAGAAAAAGAAGAGGAAGUAACACUUAAACACAAACACAUUCACAUUAACAUUCAUAUUCACAUUGACUCUGUAAUUGUGAAGUGUUGUUUUUAUUUCACCUUGCCGUUUUCUUCGCCCUUCGUCUCAUCUCAUAAUCCAAUUCCUUCUUUUGCCUCUCUCUCUUCAAUCAAAUUUUCCGAUUCCUUUUCUUCUUCCUUCCUAUUCGUUGCCAGGUGAACCUUCCAUAAUAGCAGGAAGUCAGUGGUUGAGACAUAAUAGACGUAUAUGAAACAGUGGUUAUAAAUUUAUAAUGUCUGGACUGAUUGAAGGCCUUCCUGAUGCUGUUGCAAUAAGAUGUCUUGCACGCGUUCCCUUCUACCUCCACCCGAAGUUAGAGGUUGUCUCUCGUUCUUGGCAAGCAGCCAUUCGUAGCCCAGAACUAAUAAAAGUUCGAAAGGAAGUUGGUUCAUCUGAGGAUCUCUUGUGUGUCUGUGCUUUUGAUCCAGAGAACGUAUGGCAACUGUAUGACCCUCUAAGAGAUCUCUGGAUUACCCUUCCUGUUCUUCCCUCAAAGAUCAGACACCUUUCUCACUUUGGUGCUGUAUCCACGGCUGGAAAGUUGUUUGUGAUUGGCGGUGGAAGUGAUGCUGUCGAUCCUUUGACCGGCGACCAUGAUGGAUGUUUUGCAACCGAUGAAGUCUGGUCAUAUGAUCCCGUAAUCCGGCAGUGGGCCCCUCAGGCUCCAAUGCUUGUUCCCCGUUCUAUGUUUGCAUGUUGUGUUAUGAAUGGAAAAAUUGUUGUCGCCGGGGGAUUCACUAGCUGUAGGAAAACAAUAUCUCAAGCAGAAACGUAUGACCCUGAGAAUGAUGUUUGGACUCCAAUGCCUGAUCUUCAUCGCACUCAUAAUUCAGCUUGUUCAGGAAUAGUGAUUGGAGGAAAGAUGCAUGUACUGCACAAGGAUAUGUCAACAGUGCAAGUUUUAAACAAUGCAGGGACUGGAUGGAUCGUCGAGGAGUGUGAUUGGCUUCAAGGUCCAAUGGCAGUAGUCCAGGAUGCACUUUGUGUUAUGAGCAAUGGAUGUAUCAUAAAGCAAGACAAAGAAGGGAAAAAGAUUAUAAGUUCAGCAACAGAGUUUAAAAAGAGAAUUGGGUUUGCAAUGAUUGGACUAGGCGAUGAUUUAUACAUGAUUGGAGGCUUCAUUGGACCUGACAGAUGGAAUUGGGACAUUAAGCCAUUAUCAGAAGUUGAUGUUCUCACACUUGGGAGUGAGAGGCCAACUUGUGAAAGACCAACUUGGCGCCAAACAGCUCCAAUGACAAGGUGUCGAGGUACCAUUCAUGGUUGUACACUGCUGAGAAUUUAGGCCCUGCCUUUCUAGCUAGACUUUCAUGUACUUUGUUCUAAAGGGGAUUUGCAUCCCUGCAACUAGACAAAGAGUAUUUGUGUUGAUAACAUGCGGUAACAAGGUGAGUUUUUUCUGUGUCUGUUACAUUUGAAGCAAAAUAGCAGCAAGGUCCAUCAGUAAGCAGUUAACAAUCGGAGCUACUUCACUUUGCAAUUUAUCAUUUACUUUACGUAUGAUACGGAGAACCGCUUCAUAUAGCACAAAUCAACUUCAUUUAGUCCUUUUCUUUUACUCUUUUCUGAUGGUAGCUCAGAGGGAUUAUGUUCCAAAACUUCAUAAUCUCAUAAUUUUGUUAAUAUAUGGAAAUUAAAUUUAGCUAUGAGAUGGAUUUAAUUCUUUCUUGACUAA